GCCGACGCCGCGCAGUCCAGUACAUAUCAGUCACAUCAGUCACACGCCCGGCUGACGGUUCGCUUGUCUAUCAAUCGGCGCUUACCUAGGGAUAUUUUGUCUUCGAUUCUCGCCGAAGUACGCUGUCUGCUGACCCUAGCAAUGUCUGUUCCGUCUGCUCUGAGCGUUAUGCUACUGAUAUCGAUGGUCUGUGGUCUUCUGUCGGCUGUCCAGUCUGCAUCAGUCCCACAAGACUCGAGCUGUGUCGGAGGAAGCUGUGAGGACGCACCCGUGGAUGUCACAGCAGGUGACCUGGCCGUGCUGCUCGAGUCCCUCCUCGUCAACAGCUACCCCUCUGAGCCCGCCUACCUGAGGGAUCCCCAGCUCGAGCUGCGAAACAAGAGGAUCCGGACACAUCCGGCUGGAUUCGCCAGGGCCUGGAUGAACCGGAUCCGCGCCCGGGAGCGGCGACCGUACCCAUCCAUCGGCCUCCUAUGGCGAGGCCCGCGCAACUGAGCGGCUGGAGACGGAUGCCAACUGAGUGAGAGGUCACCGGCUGACCUCGCGACCUCCGCGAGAGGCCCAGUGACGCCGGGUGACGUCACGCGCCGUCACCAGCACCCGGUGCGCUGGGCAGCUGAGAGUGGCGUGACCGGGCGGCGUGGUGUGAUUUGACCCGCUGCUCUCGGUCAAAUGCUGUGCUAGUGGUCAAUAGCGGAUCCUUCCGAGAGCCUCCACAUCUAGCUAGUUUCAAUGUUGACCAGCUUGAUGCUCGUCGUUGCUAUGGAAACGCAACACAGGAGCAGCGAGGCAUUGAGAAGAUUCGUUUGUGAAGGUGGCUUACGAAACCGCUCUUUGUCUCUUGGUCGAGUUUUGUUUUAGAGAGCAGUGACGAGCACUCUUGUUUGUUCUCAACUGUGUCUAAGGAGGCGUCGCAUUCAAAGAUAAUUUGUCUUCAAGCGAAGAAAAAUAAUGAGGGCUAGUCUGAAUGCCUACCUGAGGUUGUUGGAAAUAUACGAUGAGAUACAAUAAACAUAUUCGGGUGACUA